CUCUCUCUUUAGCGCCUCCCACAAUCAACACCUCUUGGCCGGGCGGUACGCGAGACCAGUCCACCCGAAUGGUCGACAGGUCACCUACUCUGAGUCCACCGUGUACCCAUGACGGUCAGGCCGGGGCGUGGGCAUCCGAUAGCACGAGGGCGGUGGAUGACUAGAAGGGACGCCCGCCGGGGAUCGAUAUGAGUGCGCGCGCCCCUGCCCCGCGUUAUCUCGCCCAUCGCCCCGCAGAUAUCAGCGAGGAAGUAGAAGAGGGGCAUCACGGUGUGUAGCGGCGCCUCACGAGGGCAGCAUGUCCUCAAUCGAGCGUAAAAGCCCACGACGAAGGCUGACGCAUCUCAUUUCGCUUCCGGGAAGUAUGGCUGGGUGCAGGAGCGUCUAUUUGCUCCUAGCGUGGCCCGGGGAGCAGUGUUGUGUGAGGGUGAGAGAUAUUGAGUCCUGGCGGCGUUCGCUUGUGCGAGGGGGGCCACGAAUUAGGGGCCUUGCGGAUUGACUGACGCCGAGAGGGCUUGAGAGGAGCG